AUGGGCUUUCCACCUCAUCUCUAUUUUAUUAUACAAAAAGCUACUACUUGUGCUCAUUUUAAAACCCAACCCAUCAUAGAUUCAAGAGAAAGCAAAAGAGAGAUAUUAUUGUACAACAAAAGGGUUUGUGUACAUUGUUGGAAAAAUGGCAUGUUUAUCUACAACAUUGGAUCAACAACAACAAUCGUCGAAAAAGAUGAUCCGAAUGAAGAGUGCGGGACUAAGCACUUGUCAUGCAAGCCCGUUGAUUGAUUGUGACGACGAGUUAUCAAAAUCGGCCUUGUUUGCUUUCCGGGCUAAAGAAGAAGAGAUCACAAAGAAGAAGAUGGAGGUCAAGGAGAGAGUUCAAGCUCAGUUAAGCCGCGUUGAACAAGAAACCAAAAAGUUAGCUGAAAUUCGUAACGAUCUAGAAGCACUUGAGGAUCCAAGGUGGAAAGAAGGGACGAUCGUAAGAAAGAAGGUUGACUUGGUCAACAAAGAACUAAAGUCGUUGGGACAAAAUUGCCAAAAGAAGGAAAAAGAGUAUAGAGAAGCUGUGGAUGCAUUUAACGAAAAAAACAAGGAGAAAGCACAGCUAAUUGCCAGAUUAAUGGAGCUGGUUAACGAAAGCGAAAUGGUGAGGAUGAAAAAGAUCGAAGAGUUAAACGAAAAAUUCCAACUAUUUGUCAAAAAUCAAUGAAUAAAUUGUUUUAUUAUUAUUUUUUUAUGUUAUUAAAAGUUAUGAAUGUCUAAUUAGUGUUUAAACAAAAUAGUGCGAGGGUAAAUUUAGGGAUUUAAGGUUGCUUUUGUGAAACAUUUAUUUACAUAUCUUGUCUUUGUUAUAAGUUUGGUUUUAUAAUGUAUUGUAUUUAUGUUAUCACCCCUGAUGAUUUAUAGGAAUAUAGGAUUUUCAAAUUUA